AAGUGAAAUAAAUAGUCAGAAAAAAAAAUGUCUUUCAUAUUACGUGAUAGUUUGUUCUACUGAAUGUGCAUAUAGUCUUUGCGUUUUGACCGUUUUAAACACAAUGAAGCAGCAGCUCACUGGCUUGCUCGACAGCAGUUAUUUAUUUGACUCCAGGAUGUUGUAUAAACUUCGGAUUUAGCUAGCAUUAGCUGCGCUAGCCCCGACGAACUGUAAGGUAGCGGCGGUGUUUGUUACUUCGCGGUUUGGUCAGGAUAUUCAUCCUCGCGUGAACAGCUGUUAACUGGACAUUUUGCCGAUGUUUCACAGUUAUCUGUGCGCUCGAGCUCAUUCUUAUUCGCUGGCUGUGAAUAGCGAGCUACAUUUGGGCGCCUCAGCGGAUUUCUAUGAAGGAGAAAUGACUAGCUUACAACUUGUAUUGAAGUUAGCGAGUUGAGAAAAAUGAACCCAGUAAAGCGGCGUCCUGUCAGAACAAACCGUGGUUUAACCCGGAAUAUAAACGCCAUUGCAGUUGUGAUAUUCAGUCUAUAGUGACAUAUGUUGGGUAGCACUACAUUGUCCUCGCAGGAAGCGGUCACAGUAGCCUUUGUUUAGUGUCUCAUUGAGUCGCAGGGAGCUUUUAGGGUUUAGCGCCAGGCGCGCUUUUUUCGGAGUCCGCGGACCUCCCACUGCCAGAGGAGCCUCUCUAUGCUUGCUAUUGGAGUUUUCCAGGGGGGUUAUUUGGGUAAUUUAAAACACAUUGCUGUAAUUUGAGCUCUCUUUUUGGCUUUGUUUAUCGGCUUGACUGAAGACUGAAGCGUAGACUCGUUCCGCAGACUCAGCUCUCAAAAACAAUGAUAUUCGACUAAUUGUUUAAAUACUUCUGAACUUUGCAUUAGACUCUGCUUAAAACCAGAGAUUCGCAGAAUUACGUGCCUCAUAUAAACUGAUACAUGACCAAACUGGCUGUAACUGUUAAGUUGUUAUUUGAAAACAACCGAACAAACAGUAUUGCUCUUAAAAAUGACUCGGUAAAUCAUAAACCUUUGCUGAACUUCAAAUACUAAUAGAAGGACAAGGAACAACAUUAGAGCUUCAUAUUACAGAAGCCCUCCCUCGGGAAUUCGAGCCCAGGAGGCUCAGCAGGUUCCGACGACCACGAUUUCGAUCCGUCAGCCGACAUGCUUAUUCAUGACUUUGACGAUGAGCGAACCCUAGAGGAGGAGGAAAUGCUGGAGGCAACAGAUGAGACCAACUCCAACGAGAUCGAAGACCUAGCACGGGAGGGGGAGAUGCCCAUACACGAGCUACUGAAUCUUUAUGGUUAUGCGAGCAGAUCGCCUGCAGAGGAAGAGGAGGAGGAAGAUGAGGAACCGGAGGAAGAGGACGAGGAGGAAGAGGAUGAAGAAGAGGACCUUGAUCCUGAUGAAAGCAGCAGAAGCACUGGAGAGCUGAAGAAAACGGAGGGUGAAGAUUUUAAGACUUCAUCAGAACAAGGCAGCGAUUCUCAGACCGCUUCUGACGGUCGCACGCGCUCAGUCCGGUCACUCGGCACGGCAGAACUCAUUCGCCCUCAGAAACUCAAGUACUUUGAAAGUAAUCAUGACAUAGAAGAGGAGUCCGAUGAAGAUGAGGACUAUGUUCCUUCUGAAGACUGGAAGAAGGAGAUAAUGGUGGGUUCUAUGUAUCAGGCGGAGACGCCUGUUGGUUUGUGUAAAUAUAAAGAAAACGAGAAAGUUUAUGAAAAUGACGACCAGUUGUUGUGGAACCCCGACUGCGUUCCCGAGGGGAAAGUUGUCGAGUUCUUGUCGGAGGCAUCGAGGCGAACUGGAGAGGAGAAAGGAGUGGACGCAAUCCCAGAGGGUUCUCACAUCAAAGACAACGAACAGGCUUUGUAUGAACUGGUGAAAUGUGACUUUGACACAGAGGAAGCUCUAAGAAGACUGAGGUUUAAUGUAAAAGCAGCUCGAGAGGAGAUAUCAGUUUGGACUGAAGAGGAAUGUAGAAACUUUGAGCAAGGACUACGAGCUUAUGGGAAAGACUUUCAUUUAAUACAGGCCAAUAAGGUGAGAACUAGGUCUGUAGGAGAAUGUGUGGCCUUUUAUUACAUGUGGAAGAAAUCUGAGCGUUAUGAUUUCUUUGCACAGCAAACCAGACUAGGAAAAAGGAAAUACAACCUUCACCCUGGUGUCACAGACUAUAUGGACAGAUUAUUGGAUGAGACAGAGAGCGUGACGUCCAGCAGGGUGGCGUCGCCUCCUCCCACCACGUCCAGCAGCAGCGCCAGCCACUCUGAGAGGGAAGACAGCAGCAGUCAGAACGGUGAGGAAAAACCACGGCUUUCAGACCCAAACCAAGCGAAGCGUUUCAGUGUCGCGGGUCAUCCGGUGGACCCAUCUCAGUUGCCCGACUCGACCCAAGUGAAGGUCGAGGGUGUCCAGUCCAACGGCCCGUCUCACCCAGAAACGGAGCCCCUCCUCUCAGUUCCAGACAACAACUCCAACGGCUGCGGCCAAGUCGGCGCGCCCAGCCACGACAGAAACGGCUCCCUGGAGCUUCUGCUGGACCACAAACCGGCGGCGGCGGUGGAGGCAGCCGUGGCACAGGACAGACCGGCCAAAAGAUGCAGGACUGAAACAGAGCCUCUGAGCCAGAGCGAGGCCGAUCCAUCCAGAACACACGAAGACUAAAAGGCGUUCAGGACUGCCGUUGUUCGUUAAAUAACACACCGUUUUUGGGGUGAUGUUUUUCUCUCGUUUUUUCCCCCCCCCCUCAGUUUCUCCAUAAAUGGCUCGUUUAGUGGAGCAGAGGACAAAGACGAUGAAGCUCUGUUGAGCUGUGAGCACAGAUUCUCUUAAAAGACUCACUUUAGGAAGGCCAAAGGUUGAUGAAAAGCCCGUCUGCUCCACCACAUCCCUAAAGACACGUUUUGCUCAUCUUCUCCACUCCUAUUUUGGAGACUGUCAAAAUUUUGCCAAGAAUUCUCUUAUCUUUUUCUUUUUUUUUUUUUCUAUUUGUACUUAAAUAAAACAAAUCAUCUGUGAUAUUUUUCUACACAAGAGAUAUUUAUAUUUUCUAACCAAAAAUUAAAAGCUCUAAUGAUAUGGGUUCUUGGUGUUCAAGCCAUUCGUUUGUUGUUGAGGACUGGAUGGAAAUGCUGGUGCCGUCUCCAGCUGGCUGUUGUUGCACUUUGAUUGUAUGUUUCUCCUGUUUGAGGAGCGACUCACCCCAAACCCCCCCCCCCCCCAGCAGAAAGCCCUGUUUGUUUUGCCACAGCUGUUUGAGUCUGCUGAAUAAACCCAGGGGUCUGUCCCCCUACAGGUUUGUUUGUGAAAAGCAGCUGACAUCAGUGAUGUCCUGUAUUAUCAUGUAGAUCUCUGCAUAUUUUAUUUUAUUUUUUCAAUUUUCAUAGUCUGCUUUUCUCAACACUUUGUUUCUACUAGACAGAAUGUUUGGGACAUCUCAUGUAAAGUUUGUAAAGAUUUCUUACCUUUAAUAAGCAGUUGGUGCAUAUUUUUCUCCUUUCAACUGUUCAUGUUGCUUUUCGUCGGUCUUCCUUGUACACUGCGCUUUUUUUCUUUUUGCUGACAAACUGCUAAUUAUUUUCUGAUGGAUGUAAUAAAAAGAUCUGCCAUUUCCUUUC